UCCUCUUCUCUUCUUCACUGAAGCGGCGGACAUAGACGGAGGAAUCAUGAGUUUGAACAACUGGUACGCUAACCAUGGAAGACUCCUACCUAUCCCGUGACAAUGACGAUCCAGAUCAGACUCAAAAUGAUCUAAACAAGGGGAGGGUGGCACGCAAAAUGAAGAUUGAUCGUACUCGUAGAAGUUGGUCUCCUCGUGAAGAGGAGGUGCUGCUGUCAACCAUGAAGGGCCUCAUUGUCACUGGAUGGAAAGCGGAUAACGGUUUCCGUGGCGGCUACCUGUCUCGUAUUAUGGAGGCGUUGAAGCGUGAAUUCCCUCGUACUGACUUGAAGACAAGCCCCCAUAUCACAUCCAAGAUUUCCCAAUGGAAAAAAAGUUACAACUCUCUUUGUGGAAUCCUCGGACGAAGCGGUGUAGGCUUCAACCUGCAUAAUGACUACAAGAUUGACUAUGACGACGACCAGUGGGAACAAAUCAUUAAGGCGGAUAAGGAAGCCCGCAACAUGCGUUUCAAGUCAUGGCCUAUGUGGGAUGCAUGGAAGGAGAUAUUUGGAAAAGAUCGUGCUGUAGGCACUACUGCUGCGGAUCUGGGUGAAAUGUCUAAAGAAGUUUGUUCAACUGGUGUCCCAUUCCUUGAAAAUAGAGACAGUGAGUAUGUUGCAAGUACUGGUGCACCUUUUGGUGCCAAUCCACAGAAUACUAAGAGCUCUCCUCAAGGCUUGGAUCAAACUGCAAGUGACAAUGAUAAUGAAACUCAGUCAGCUCAGAAAAAGAAUAAGAAGCGUAAGGUUGUUGAUAGGUCUGAUAUCCUUCUGGAGAUGCUUGCUAAAAGCAAUGAAGACAUUAACUCAAGGCUUGAUAAGUUGACCAAUAGGAUUGGCUAUGAGUUUGAUGUUAGCAAAGCAAGGAAUGAAGUUUUUCCAAUUCUCGGAGAUAUUCAAGGCCUCACUAUUGGGCAGCAGCUUGAUGCCGCUAGGAUAAUUCUUGAGAAGGUGCAGCGCUUGGACUUGUUCAUGUCUCUUCCGGAAGCUUUUCGUCAUACGUACGUGGUGCGUAUGUUGGAGAAGCACACCUGA